AUGGCUUCAAGUUCGGGGCAGUCCAACCAACUGCUAUAUGCAUGCAUUGCCCAUGGAACCACCAUCUUGACGGAGCAUACAUCACCUGGAACCUCAUCCUCUUCAGCCUCCUCGCUUGCUUCCGUCAUUCUUCCAAAAAUCUCUCAUUCAACACCAGCGAAACUCACCUAUACACAUGAUCGACUCUUCGUACACUACAUUGCCGACUCUCCCUCCUCGACUUCGAAUGGCUCCGAUGAACAAUUGUCCAGCCAUGCAGCGCUCACAUAUUUGGUGGUUGCGCAGACAGAAAUGGGUAGACGAGUACCAUUUGCCUUCCUCCUCGAAUUGAAGAAGAAGUUUCUGUCACAGUUCAAACCAGACUCUACAGACUUCCAGUCAUUACCAGCCUAUGGCACGGCAGCGUUUAACAGCACCCUGAGAGCAAUGCUUCAACAGUACAACACCGCUCCUCCGAGCGACGCACUGACGAACGCACGGAAAGAAAUCGACAACGUCAGGGACAUCAUGACAGAAAACAUUGAACGCGUGCUCGAAAGGGGAGAGAGGAUUGAUCUACUGGUGGACAAAACAGACCGCCUGGGAGGGAGCGCCCGCGACUUCAGGGUGCGGAGCCGGGGCUUGAGGCGGCAGAUGUGGUGGAAGAAUGUCAGGGUGAUGGUGCUGCUGGUUGUGGUAGUAAUUUUCCUGAUAUACCUCUUUGUUGGCUUUGGAUGUGGCUUGCCAGCAUGGGGCAAGUGUGUUGGAUGA